AUGAGCUGGUUGCUGGUAGAAAGAUCUCCAUGGAAUAUGGUUCUCAUUAUGGUGCUCUUAGUGCCCCUUCAGAUGGAGUGCAAUGCUCCUUUUCCUCAGUGCACUGCCAGGGAACAUGUUCAUCAUCUUCACAGGUACUAUCAGCCAGGAGACCUCAUCACUGCCGGCAUCCUCCCUCAGAUCUACAUCCUUUCAAGUUCUUUAUCCUUUCAGAAACCACCAUCUGAUGAAGACGUCGAUGAUCUCCUGGUACUGACUCAGGGCUACCAGCACAUCCUGGCUUUGGUAUUUGCUGUAAAGGAGAUCAAUGCAAAUCCCUGGAUAUUGCCCAAUGUCAGCCUGGGCUUCGACAUCUAUAAUAGUGAGUUCAGGGCACGAUGGACUUACCUUGCUUCAAUGGAGCUUCUCUCCACACAAGGUAGAUUCACCCCUAACUAUAAAUGUGGCAACAAGAACAACCCAGUAGCAGUCAUUGGGGGUCCAGACUCUGAAACUUGCUUGCAUAUGGCAGCUACUCUGUCCACCUACAAGAUCCCGCAGCUCAGAUAUGGUUCACAUUCAAUGAUGAAACAUGGCAACCAAGAUGUUUUCUUCCACCAAUUGUUCCCUCAUAGCAAUCAUCAGUAUAUGGGCAUCCUCAAGUUGCUGUUGCAUUUCAGUUGGAUCUGGAUUGGGGUCAUUUCCCUAGAAGAUGAAAAUGGAGAGUUGUUUGUACAGAAUGUGCUUCCCAAUUAUUCCCAGAAUGGUAUCUGCUUUGAGUUCAUAGAAAGAUGCUCCAAAAAAGCUUUUUCUGCUGAUACUAGUGAAGUACUCUCAGACUGGUUUCCAUUGUCUCGUCGCAUUAUGGGAAGCAGCGUAACUGCUGUGGUCGUAUAUGGUGAAAUCCACACGAUGAUCAGUUUGAGAAGCUUGAUCCAGCUACCGCAAUUUGAAGAUAUACCAGUCAAAAGAAAAGUCUGGAUUAUGACAGCCCAGAUGGAUUUCUCAUCUCUUCCCUUUCAAGCAGGCUGGGGCAUAGAUUUCAUUCAUGGCUCUUUAUCCUUUGCCGUUCAUUCAAGGGACAUAUUGGCAUUCCAGACAUUUCUUCAGAUCCGAAACCACCUCUCAGAAAAAGAAGAUGGCUUUGUCAGGCAUUUCUGGGGACAUGCAUUUGGCUGCUUGUUCCCCACAUCCGAUAUAGAAAUAAUGGAUGGACAAAUCUGCACUGGGGAGGAGAAACUGGAGACUCUUCCUUCUUCUGUUUUUGAAAUGAGCAUGACUGGCCACAGCUACAACAUGUACACUUCAGUAUAUGUUGUGGCACAUGCUUUACAUAACAUGUACACAUCCAAAUACAAACAUGGAGCAAGGGCAGAUAAAACGAAGUGGAUGCUUCUGACUCAAAAGCCAUGGAAGGCACUUCCGAUUUCUCUGUGUAAUGACAAAUGUCAUUUGGGUUAUAGCAAAGCAAUGAAGGAAGGGGAGCCAUUUUGCUGCUAUGAUUGCUUUCCCUGUCCAGCUGGGAAAAUUUCAAACCAGUCAGAUAUGAAUGAUUGUUUACAAUGCCCAGAAGACCAGUAUCCAAAUAACCUCCAGGAUUCAUGCAUUCUGAAAUACAUAAGUUAUUUGUCCUAUGAAGAACCAUUGGGGAUCAGUUUGACAAUUGCUGCUCUCUCUUUUUCUUCCAUCACAGUUUGGGUCCUUCAGAUUUUCAUUAAGCACCAGGACACUCCCAUAGUCAAAGCCAACAACCGGAGCCUCACUUACACUCUCCUUUUCUCCCUCUUGCUCUCUUUCCUUUGUACUUUAUUAUUCAUAGGUCGACCUGAAAAAGUAGUAUGUCUCCUUCGACAAUCUGUUUUUGGUGUCAUUUUCUCCAUUGCAGUUUCUUGUGUGUUGUCCAAAACAACAAUAGUGGUCCUAGCUUUCAUGGCUACCAAACCAGGAUCCAGCAUGAGAAAAUGGAUGGGGAAGCAACUGGCCACCUCCAUUGUUCUUUCCUGCUCCAUGAUUCAAACCACUCUUUGCAUUGUGUGGCUCUCAACCUUUCCCCCAUUCCCAGAUUUGGACAUGCACUCCAUGACUAAAGAAAUUGUACUGGAAUGUAAUCAAGGGUCAGUCGGUAUGUUUUAUUGCAUCCUGGGCUAUAUGGGUUUCCUGGCCAUUGUCAGCUUCACUGUGGCCUUCUUAGCCAGGAAGUUGCCUGACAGUUUUAAUGAAGCCAAGUUUAUCACCUUCAGCAUGCUGGUCUUUUGCAGUGUGUGGUUGUCAUUUGUUCCAACUUACUUGAGCACCAAGGGCAAAUACAUGGUGGCUGUGGAGAUCUUCUCCAUUUUAGGCUCCACUGCUGGUUUAUUAGGCUGCAUCUUUUCCCCCAAAUGCUAUGUUAUUUUACUGAGGCCUGAACUGAACAGCAGAGAACAGCUAAUGGGGAAAAGAGAUAAAGAAGUUAAAAAUGGAUGGUAA